AUGCAUGGAGGACAUCUCCACUAUCCUUACUCGGUGGGAGCACCAUUGGGGUAUUCCGCACGGCGACAUGUUGGUUUUCUCGAAAUGCCUCUUGAGCCAGCUCGUCGAUUGGCGAAGGCGAUCGAAGUUCUCCGGACCUCUCUGAAUUACGAAUUUCAGAAUCAACGACUCGGCAGCAGCGAAUACAGCAAAGAAGGAUGUGGAAAACUUGUUGAGGGAUUCGCUGUCAAGGACGUGGUCUCCAACACUGACAUUGUUAACGUCUAUGUCAGCUGUUUGGGAGAAUAUGCCAUCAGCCAUGAUGAGAUUUGGACGUUGAUCCACGAUGAAGAGAAUAUUGACGGUGCACCAUACGGGAAGACAUUUCAUGAUCGUAUGUACAAUUUGACAUUGGGGAAGACUUGCCACUGUUACAAGCAUAUGGGCCGCUGCUUGCGGCCCAAUGGGCCCAGCGGUCGCUGUUCUGCAGACGACGGACAUUCUCUCUUUAACUUUCUUGAGGGCGCAAUGCGCCUCUUGACUCUGGUGGACCUUGAGCACCUAGAAUACGCCACCCCUGACGCGAACGAUCUCACCCAAUCCUUCGAAGUGUUCAGCAAGAGCACUUUGGGGCGAGUGUACCACGGACAAGCGGUUCGCAACGCGGUCGCUCGGCUGCCACGCGGUGACGACCCAACCAAACCCUGGGAAACUCUUACAUGGGAUUUCCUUUUGCAAGGAAUCGCUUGGCUCCUUGGCGGCCGACCCAGUGGGAUCAUAACCACCUGGGGCAACAGCAUUGGCACUGCUAGAGUCUUCAUAAACGGAGUGGCGAUAGUAGGCUCCUUUUGCUUCAACAUGACAAUGUUGCCUCGGGACGCUCGCAUCCAUCUCUCGUUUGGGAAGACCUUCUACGCUGGUUCACAAAUGUCGAGGCUCGAAUGA